GCCGGAAGAAGAAAGGGGGCGUAACGUGGAAGAAGGGCCCGGGACCUAGUGGGAUUCCCGGGCGAUCUCCGUUGUCGCAGCCGGCCUGAGCCAUGGGGCGUCGCUCCCUCCUGCUCCUGCUCCUAGCUUUCCUGACUCCUGGGGCCGCCACACCCGUACCGCCGGCCCUGAGGGCCCUCAGCAGCCUGCACUUGUCAACCAGCUUCAGAUCCCGCCCCGCUGUUGCCAUGAAGUACUCGAUUCACUACAUCCAACAGAAGGUUGAUCAUUUUGGAUUUCAUACUGAUAAAACUUUUAAACAACGGUACCUAAUAGCUGAUAAACAUUGGAAGGAAGAUGGUGGAUCUAUACUUUUCUACACUGGUAAUGAAGGGGACAUUAUCUGGUUUUGCAAUAAUACGGGGUUCAUGUGGGACAUGGCUGAGGAACUGAAAGCUAUGUUGGUGUUUGCUGAACAUCGAUAUUAUGGAGAGUCCCUACCCUUUGGUGCCAACUCCUUCAAGGAUUCCAGACACUUGAAUUUUCUGACAACAGAACAAGCUCUGGCUGAUUUUGCAGAGUUAAUCAAAUACUUGAAAAGAACAAUCCCAGGAGCUAGAAAUCAACCUGUCAUUGCCCUAGGGGGCUCUUACGGUGGCAUGCUUGCAGCCUGGUUCAGGAUGAAGUAUCCUCAUUUGGUGGUUGGAGCUCUUGCAUCCUCUGCCCCCAUCUGGCAGUUUGAGAAUAUGGUACCUUGUGGUGUAUUUAUGAAGAUUGUAACUACAGAUUUUAGGAAAAGUGGCCCAAAUUGUUCAGAGAGUAUCCGCAGGUCCUGGGAUGCCAUUAGUCGACUCACAGAAAAGGGUACUGGCUUGCACUGGCUUUCUGAAGCCCUUCACUUAUGCACUCCAUUAACAGAAUCUCAGGAUGUUCAGCGUUUGAAAGACUGGAUCUCUGAAACCUGGGUGAAUCUGGCAAUGGUGGACUACCCUUAUGAGUCCAACUUUUUACAGCCUUUGCCUGCUUGGCCUAUCAAGGUAGUGUGCCAGUAUUUGAAAAAUCCCAAUGUAUCUGAUACAUGGCUGCUGCAGAAUAUUUUCCAAGCUCUGAAUGUAUAUUACAAUUAUUCGGGCCAGGCGAGAUGCCUGAAUAUAUCAGAGACAGCAACCAGCAGUCUGGGAGCCCUGGGUUGGAGCUAUCAGACCUGCACAGAAAUGGUCAUGCCCUUCUGUUCUAAUGGUAUUGAUGACAUGUUCGAACCUCACUCGUGGAACUUUAAGGAAUUUUCUGAUGACUGUUUUAAACAGUGGGGUGUGAGACCAAGGCCCUCUUGGAUCCCUACUAUGUAUGGAGGCAAAAACAUCAGUUCGCACACGAACAUCAUUUUCAGCAAUGGGGAAAUAGACCCGUGGUCAGGAGGUGGAGUAACUAAGGAUAUUACAGACACCUUACUUGCGAUCGUCAUCCCAGAGGGAGCGCAUCAUCUAGAUCUCCGAGCCAACAAUGCCUUUGAUCCCGUCACUGUGCUAUUAGCCCGCUCCUUGGAAGUUAGACACAUGAAGCAGUGGAUCAAAGAUUUCUAUGCAAGUCUGAGAAAGAUGCACUGAGUAACGUUCGAUCAUUUUCAGUUUCUUCUUUUAAGUUCAUUCCACCCACACUCCCAUUCACUUUGGUUUUCUGUACAUAAUUACUUUCCCUUGUUUAUUAGAUUUGGUGUGGUGAAGGUUGAGAUAGAAGAGAACGUGAUGGUGGUGAUAACAGCCAUCCAAUGACCUGAGUCCUUGCCAUCUUUGUGCCACCUCCAGGAAGAAUCUCUUCAUGACAGCUUUCCCACACCAUCAGGGGCCUUGAUAACUGGAGCAGAGUACUGACUGCCUUUCACAAGAGGGGGAGUCACUUCCUUGGUUUCUCUGAAAGCAGGGAUUUAUUGAUUUCGAAGUUGAAGUCUCUUUGGCCCAUUUGUCACUAGCCCCUCCUCUACUUUCCCAAAAGGAAAAGCAGAAGAUGGAUAAAAAUGAUGUAAUUGCAGCUGGUAGGAAGGAUAUCCAGUGCCAAACCAGGAAAUGGGAACCAUUUCUUUUGUGCUUGAUUUAAUGACUUUGAACUGUGCUGUAAAUAAAGAAUAGGGCUGGACCUUA